AUGAUGGUCGAUGCCCCAGCAACGCCCACGGUGGCUCUUCUCUCGCCCAUAUUCCGCCGUCUGGGCACGUGUUCCCACAUUAUGAACAAUUGGGUGGACCAGCACUGGGAUCUGCAUCCCAUUGAUCAUGUCUCGGCCUUUGCAACCGCUGACGACGCGAGAAAUACGCUGUGUAGGAAUGUUGCAGAGAUGAAGGCCCUGGAUCUCGACGUGAAAACUCAUUGGGCGCAAACAGAUGAUGCUCGUCGAGAUAGUGCACUAAUCCUUGCUACCCGUCAGAAAUACUUGCAGCAGCACCUCAAACACUGUGUCCUGAUCGAGAUCCAAACUUGCUUGAACCCCGAUCAGACAGCAUACGAUGCAUAUGAAACUGAAUUCGCGCAAAUCCUAGACUAUGCGCCCAUUGCGAUUGCCUCCACUAGCAAUGUCGAUGGGGAGCAACCGCCCUUCGUGUUUGAGAUGGUGUUCCUUCCCCUGUUCAUCACGAGCCUCAAAUGCCCAUUUCCUCAACUUCGACGUCGAGCACUCCAAUUCCUUUGGGAGGCACCACCUGCCCAGGGCUUGUUUAUGUGUGGCCCAGCCGCCGAUGUUGUGGAUGUCAAUGUCACCUUGGAAGAAAACCCAGGGAUAGUUUCCCGCACUGCUUCUGAAGUGAGCAGUUUACUCGCGCAGCCAGUAUGUGUACCGGCUGCUGCCAAUCGUACAUACUCAUUUAGCGUCUCGUCGGAGCAGGACAGCGAAGGGAAGGCCUCGAAUUGGCUGCACUACUCCCUCCGACGCCUCGACGAUGACGGAAGGGUAAAAUUAGUUCACCAUACCGUGCCUUUCCUGAGCUUCACACUUCAACAUAAAUUACGAUUGCGACUACGAAUACAAUAA